CCGUCGUUUCAUCACCUUAAAUUAAACCCCGAUAGCUAGCACUACAAAAACCCUAAACCCUAAGUUCCACAGGCCCUAAAAAAUAACUCAACAAUGGUUGAUUCUUCUGAGUUAUCAGCAAAAAAGGUUAAGAAGAAGCGAACGCUUAGUAGCCAUGAAGAGAAACGACAAAAACCUUCCAAAAUAAACCGGAUUGAUCAUGAUUCAGCGAAAGAGAAGGACUCGAAGCAAGAAACUGAAGAAGUUGCGAGUCCAUGGAGGAAUUUGCAGCUGAUUUUAUCGAUUCAAAACAGAGAAAUUCAUCUUCAAAAGAAGGUUGAACUAGCUUAUGAUUUUGUGAACUCGAGAGAGAAAGGAGGAGGAAAAGACGCCGAUGUAGAUCGUGAAACGGUGAAAGUAUCACGAGUUGUAGCUUUUCUUAAUGAUUGGGUACAGUCACUUUUGAUUUCUACAGAUAAGAAAAUCGAAGUUGAUGGAGAGGGAGUUAUUGAGGCGUGUUUGGAUUAUAGGUGCUGGGUGAUUUUCAAGUUUUGCUUGGAGGAGUCUUUGAGAUUGCAGGUUUCUUUGAGCUUUUCAAGGAACCUUUUGAGGGCUAUAGGGUGUGUUGCGAGAAAUGUGCUUUCUGUACUGACAGUCCCAUCAGUUCGUUUGAAAGAAUCAUUUUUUACUGGUUCCGGGUUUGAAUUGUACAGUGUUGUGCUUGAUUGUGUUUCUCUGGUGUUCUUAUCUCAUGGUGGCUUGUCGAACGAGAAUUUGGACUUGUGGAUUUUGUCAAUUCUUCCGGUUCUUGAAUUUGUUCGCAAAGUGUAUGGUGAGAAGCUCGAGGGUGGCAAUGUGGGUGUUUUUGCUUUGCGGUUCUCUUGCUUGGUGCUUGAGCCAUUUGCCAAGUUCUUGAGGGUUCAUCCAACAAGGAAAAAUGGAUUUCGUGAUUUUGUGGAUAAACUCCUUGAGCCAUUGUUGCAUUUGUUGGGUGUCUUGCAUCUUCAGAGUGAUGAAAGCAAUCCUGGCUGGACAAGAAACUUGCUAGUUGCUGUUGAAGAGGUUUUAUCACAAGGGUUAUUUCAUCCAACCCACAUUGAUGGAUUUCUGAGCCUACGUGUUGCAGAGAAGUAUUCUGCAUCCAAUGAUGGAGAAACGAAGGAGUCAAAAACUGUCAUUCAAAGUUACCACAGACAUUUCUUUGAUAAACUUGAAAGAAUUAUUCUUGCAAAGAAGGAAUCUGCUAUGAGUGGCUUAGGAGAACUGUUCUAUUUGCUUGUUGAUCGUGUGAAAAAGCAAAAAGAAACUUUAGUUCUGUCCGAUGGUAUGAAGAUAGUGGAGAGAACUGAAGGUUCACGGCACUUGUCUGGUCAACUAUCUAAAACGUUAUAUGGUAGCAGUACUCCUCUAGACACUAGUUAUGGACCCAGUAUUUUGAGUGCAGAAAAAAGAAAAUCACUUUUCAAUUUCUUUGUACAGAUUACAGACCCUCUUUUGCUUGAGAUAAAUGGCUACCUUCAAUCUAAAUUGGAAGUACGGCCUCUAUUAUUGGAUGUUCACUACACAAUCAAAUCUAUUAAUAAUUUACUAGCCUGCUUUUUGCGUGAAAAACUGUAUAUAAAAACAGAGGAUAUAUCUGAAGGGGCUUGCCUUAAUUUCUUGAAGAAGGUUUACAAUGCUAUAUUGCCAUUCAUGGCCAAUUUACUUUGUUUGCCAACAUAUAAUGUAGAUUCACGAACACAAGAGACCUUUACUUUAUUAGCAAGGGAGCUACUUGCUGCUGUUGGGCACCUAUUGGAUAUCGAGUAUGAGGUUAUCGAGAAUGAUUUAACCAGGUUAUGGUUUAUCAUGCUUUCCUGCUUGGCCUUUGGCUAUUCAUUUAAGGAUGCACCAAAUGAAUGCUCGAUGACAUCUCAGAUACUAGGACUUGGAUGUCAGCUGGUCAAGCUUUACAGUGAACUUCGACAGGUGAAAAGUACUAUCUUUGCAAUCUGCAAAGCGACAAGGCUUAUAAUAGUAUAUGACAAAGGUGGUGAUGCUGGGCUGAAUUAUGAUAGUUUGGGAUUCUGCAAAAUUUCUUUACCACAUGCAUCAUAUGCAAAAGCAGUGGAAAUGUUGUUUUGCUCGCAUGAAUUUAAACUAGCCAUUCGUAAUGAUAUAUACUCCAUACCAGAAGGGCAGGCAAGUGAGUGCAUUCAGCACUUAACUGCAGAUCUAUCAGAAUCCAUGGAAUGGAUGAAGACUACUUGCUCAUUGGCAGACGAGGAGGUGUUUGGUGAAUCAAAUGCAAAUUCCAGCAUGCAUGGUUUUGAUCUGCAAGUGGAACUUUUCGGAAGAGGAUUGUCUGAAGUAUAUGCUCUGGUGCUAGAUUCAUUGAAUGUCACAGCUGGGAACAGCAGCAUUGUUGGACGAACUAUGAAGGACUUGAUGGCUGUAAUUCGUCCAUACAUGAGUAUUCUGGUAGGACCAGAGUCAGAAAGUGUCAAUGAGUUCAUCUCUUCCGUGACAGGAAGAACUUCUGAUGUCAGGCUUGCUGGAAACACGCAUGAUAUGCUGAAAUUUGGAGUGUCCACCCACUGGGUCCUUGUGUUCUUUUCUCGCAUGUACAUGUCAUGCCGAAGUUUAUACAGGCAAGCAGUCAGCCUUAUGCCUCCAGAUGUAUCAAGAAAGAUGUCAGCAGUAAUGGGGGAUCCAUUUACAGCAUAUUCUGCAAGGGAUUGGAUGAAUAAAACUGACUGGACAGAUGGGGGUUAUUUUUCUUGGAUUCUCCAACCAUCAGCCUCUCUGCCUGUCAUUAUACAAUCUGUUUCUGACAUUUAUCUUCAGGGAUAUGUUGCAGAUUGUUGUCCUCUGAUUUACGUAUUGCUUACUAUGGCUCUUCAGAGGCUUGUUGAUUUGAACAGGCAGAUAAAAUCUUUUGAGUAUCUGCAGCAAAGCAAUGAUAAUAUCAUUCAAUUUAAGCUGCUUGAUGAUGCUGGCUCAUCACUGUACUCCAAAAGGAGCAGAAAGUGUGGCAAACGCAUUGCUGUUUUUAAGCAGGAGGCAACUGAUCUUACUGAGUUCCUGAUGAGUUACCUCUCCUUUUUGGAUAAUGAACGACUUCCAGUCAACUCUUCUAAUGCUGCAACUUUUGUAGAUACCUGCAACCAAGCUCUACAUGGAAGUGAUAAAUGGGUUUUUGGUGUCAGUUCUGUGAAUGAGAAGUCAUUGCCUGCUGCAAUUUGGUGGAUUAUUUGCCAAAAUAUCGAUAUAUGGUCCCCUCAUGCUAGUAAGAAGAAGUUGAAGAUGUUCAUCAAGCAUGUGAUCCUUACUUCUCUUCCAUAUAUAACAAAAGGCUGUACACAGGUGGAAAGGCAUCACACAAAUGAAGCCCAUUUCCUUGAUAAAAUUUCUGUGCAUCAAAUCUCAGCAGAACUUCUGGCUGAUUCUGUUCUGUAUGAACAUAAAUUUGUUCGCAGGCAUUUGGCAUCCAGGUUUUGCAAUUUAUUGGAGAAGUCAAUCCUACCACUAUUUGGAGACGUCAAACUGAACAUGUCACCUAAAUGGAAAGAGGGUUUAAGUGCACUUGAGAACUCAUAUGUUGUUUUAAGCAGAAAAUCCUCUACAUGUGAUGAGUUGACAGGGGGUAAACCAGCCUCCCAUUUAUUGUCUGAGAUGGCUGCAGAUAUUUCCAGAGAAUCAACUGCUGUGAAAUUUACAGCUUGUCAAAGUUUGCUUAGGCUUUUGUGCUGGAUGCCAAAAGGAUAUAUCAAUUCAAAAUCAUUCUCACUUUAUGUUACUAGCACACUCAACCUUGAAAGGCUUGUGAUUGGCCACCUGUUAGAAUGUGGGGACUCAUUCUUCUCACAUAAGCAGUAUGAGCUUUUAAGGUUGCUGGUGGCCUGCCGGAGGGCUCUGAAAUGUCUAAUUAUGGCAUAUUGUGAGGAGAAAGUUAGAACUACUCAUUCUGCACUCAUUCCUGUUCUGUUUGAGGAUGUACAUUCUGUAUUAUGGCUUUCCAGAUCAGUGUCUGUGGUGUUUAGGCUUCAAGAGACACUGUCAGAAGAUAAAGCUUGUGAAGUUGCAGAUAUGAUCUUUUCAUUGAUGGAUCACACAUCAUAUGUGUUCCUGACACUAAGCAAAUAUCAAUGUCCUUCUGCUGUCUCCAUAAUUGCUGAAAAACCUUAUACAGAGCAACUCAAUUCUGAUGUUACCCAGGAACAGAGCAGUGUAAACGAGUCUCUGCCAUGUUUGGAUACCUCAAACGACGUUGAAAGCUGUAAAAGUGUUAUCCUCAUUGCUGAAAGUUUGAAGGAACAGGCACAGGACUUAAUUAUUUCUUUGAAAGAUGCUCAUUGCAAUGAGAAAUCAAGUGAUGAAAUCGAUGUUGACUGGAACAAAUUAUCUUCAAUGGUCUCUUGCUUCAGUGGGUUCAUGUGGGGCCUAGCAUCUGCAUUGGACCACUCCAAUGCAACAGAUAGUGAUUAUAAGGCGAAGCUGUUGAGAUGGAAAUGUGAAGUCAUCUCAAAAAUUAGUCAUUGUAUAAAUGCAUUUGCUGAUUUUAUUUGUUUUUCUUUCCACAUGCUGUUUGUCAAGGAUGAUCUCCAACCUAAUCAUUUAUCUGCUACUGGAAAUUUUGUAAAGUCUGAUGAUAGAGACAGUUCACUGGUUUCAGGUGACUCUUGGAAAGUCACCGUGAAUAAACAUGGUUCACAGUCAGAAAACGUUACCUCUAUUGCUGGUAUUCUAAGUAAGCUUGACUCAUAUGAAUGCCUACCAUUAAAUAAGGAGUGGUUGCAAAGUUUUCUUGAAGGUGAUCAUCCUAAAGCAGCGGUAUUAAUCAGGCAGCUAUUAAUUGCGGCGUCAGCUAUUGUGAAGCUCAAUUUGGAGACUAAAUGCACUCCUUUGUUGUCUAGUUUGGUGCCAAGUUUUACUGGCAUAUCUCAAGUCUUGCUCUUGAAGUUAGCAGAUGGUACCGAGGUACCAAAACCAUUCUCUUUUGUUUGGUUAGAUGGUGUUCUGAAGUAUCUGCAAGAGCUAGGGAGUCAUUUUCCCAUAACUAAUCCUACCUCGACUAGAAACGUGUUUUCAAAGCUAUUAGAGUUACACUUGAAGGCUUUGGGAAAAUGCAUAUCUUUACAGGGGAAAGAAGCUACUCUGACUUCUCAUGAUAAAGAAUUGAGCACUAAUACACUCCACAGUCAUAUAGGAUCAGCUUCUCUUUCUCAUCCAUACUAUUUAGAUGAAUUUAAAGCAAGGUUGAGGAUGUCAUUCAAAAGUUUGAUAAGAAAACCAUCAGAGUUGCAUCUUUUGUCUGCAAUACAGGCUAUAGAGAGAGCACUGGUAGGAGUGUACGAAGGCUGCCCAAUAAUUUAUGAGAUUACUACUGGGAAUGUGGAUGGUGGAAAGGUUUCUUCAACUGUUGCAGCUGGCAUUGACUGCUUGGAUCUGGUUCUGGAAUAUGUUUCAGGUCGUAAACGUUUAAAUGUUGUUAAAAGGAACAUUCAGAGUUUAGUUGCUGCCUUGUUCAACAUAAUUCUGCACGUGCAAAGUCCAUUAAUUUUCUAUCGGAUAGCAAUGGAUAGUGAAAGGUAUAAUGGACCAGAUCCAGGAGCAGUCAUUCUUAUGUGUGUUGAGGUGCUAACAAGAGUUUCUGGAAAACAUGCUUUAUUUCAAAUGGAUUCCUGGCAUGUAGCACAGUCUUUACAUAUACCAGCGGCACUUUUUCAAGAUUUUGAUCAACUGAGAAUUUCUCAAGGUCCAGCUUUAUCUAAUUCUUUGUUGAACUCGGGCAGCCAAGAUUGUAAUACUGUGGGAGGCAGGGAUACCUGUGUUGUAGAUCUACAAUUCUCCGUGGAGUUAUAUACUGCAUGCUGCCGGUUACUGUACACGGUUCUGAAGCAUCACAAAAGUGAGUCAGAAAGGUGCAUUUCUUUACUUCAAGAAUCUGAGCGUGUUCUUCUUCAUUGUUUGGAGAUGGUGGAUGUUGAUUUAUCAGUCAGAAAAGGUUAUUUUUCGUUGGGAGUUCAUGAGGGGGUAAAAUGUGCUAGUUCUUUCCGGAGGAUUUAUGAGGAGUUAAGGCAGCAAAAAGAUGUCUUUGGCCAGCAUUGUUUCAAGUUUUUAUCCAAUUACAUUUGGGUCUAUUCAGGAUAUGGCCCGCUUAAAACUGGCAUCAGAAGGGAGAUAGAUGAAGCUCUGAGACCUGGUGUGUAUGCUUUAAUAGAUUCCUGCUCAGCAGAUGAUCUUCAAUAUCUGCAUUCUGUAUUUGGGGAGGGUCCUUGCAGAAACACAUUGGCUACUUUGCAGCAUGAUUACAAACUGAAUUUCCAAUAUGAAGGAAAAGUUUGAUUUGAUUAAUCUUAGGGUGAAUAUAUAUCCCAGUUAUCAAAUUUCAUUCAGCAACUCUUCAAAUCAUGGUGAGAAAAUUACCGUGACAUGUUAUCCUCCAGUUCCAAAGAGCAGUUCAGGAUCGUAAUCAUUUUUGGAAGCCAGACACCAUGUGCUAGUGGCCAUAAAAAACGAUGUUGCCCAUAUGUAGUGUUGGGGCCUCCAUGUGAUCCAAUGUCACCGGCUGCAGCGAAGGAUGAGUUUUUCAUUCAGCCCUCACAAGUGCUAUUGACUGGCUCCUAAAUUUUUGUAGCUUUAGGUAUAUCUGAAGAAAACUCCAAUUUUGUCCAGGGGUGCGGUGAGUCCUGAGUGUUAAUUCUUCAAUGAUAUUUCUCUUGGCGUUGUUGUAUUUUUUUUCUAUGUGAAUAUCCACUUCUUCAUGCAGAUUUUAGAGAACAAAAGCACCCGUGUUAUUGUUUCCAUUAAUUGUCUGUCGAUUACAUGCCUUAUGGUGAAAGAAGAAACAUGCAUCGUUUUUAGCACUAGUUGAAUAGUCAUCGAUUUGGCUGGCUUUUGUAUUUGCCAUUCCCUGCUUCCAAGUUUUAUUGCAUUCAGCCUAGCUAUUAGUUUCAUGUUUGUGGAGUACCAAAAACAUUUUGAGGUCUAGUUACAGCGUCAGAAGUUCACUCUACCUUAAUGGAAGAUAAUGGUUUCUAAUAGUUUUGGAGUAAGGCGUCCUUAGAGUUUGAGUAUGACAACAUUCGGCUGGCCAUCAAUUGUUUGAUUGCUGAGAUGUAUUUAGUGCUGUUUUUAGAAAUGGUUGAUGGCAAACUGAUGUCCCUGAAUUUUGAGUAUUUUCCAAUUGAAUUUCCUAGUUCUUCUAGCCGAUCGAAGUUUUCUCUGAGUUACCUACCCUGAAAUCUUUGAAUUCUACAAUGGUUGAUGGCAACGUGUCCCUGAAAGCUUGACAAAACCUGGCAGGCAACUUCAGUUAGGUUGCAGUGGCAUUUGGUGAAUAUAUUUAUUCCUUGUGUUUGUACAUGAAGGUAGCCUGUUUCCCACUCAUAAUUUAGUUGGUUCGUCAAGAAAACAAUAAUAACAAUCAGAAUCCGGAGAGCUUAUGGAAAAGUGAUUCAAACAUGGAUGAUGUUUAUGUUCCAGAUAUCAACCGCUAUCCACUAAGCAUCGAUAAAGCAACUCUCGAGAUACCCAAAGAAAACAGUGUGGAUAUGAAUGCAUGGUGAUCAACCAGAAUUAGGGUUUGAACUUUGAAAAGAAGGUGAUUUGUUAAUUAAUCCCGAGUUUAUGGUGGUCUCAACGCUUAAGCUUUAUUUCUGUGACAGAGUGGGAUCCUAACAGACAACUAGUGGACCACCUUGGAGCCUCAAAAUAUGCAUCUUCUUUCAUGGAAAUUGGUUGGUCCACCACCAUCACUGACUGAAUUUUAUCACCAUGCCUAUUGUUAGAGUAUAUAACACUGUUAAGAGGCAUUGAUGUAGCAAACAGACUCUAUAUAUGUAUAUAGAUAGAUAGGUAGGUAGGGGGUAGCAUUAUGCAAUAUGCUUUGACGGUAUUUCUAAAGCGGACACAGAGUUCAUUGAUGGUGGGGAUAUGCUUGAUUUGCUUAAUAGAUAAAGUUUGAUUAAACAAGUAUAAGGCUAGCAGCCCUUGAUCAUUUAACCAAUUGUCAAAUCCAUCAAAUCAACGGCCCAGAAACUCCCAUACCAACUUAGUUCAAUAGCCCGUUACAGACAGUUCCUCUGCUAUAAAUAUACCGGGCCUAGAAUUGUUGACGACCUCUUGAAUUUUGAUAACUUUGCAGACAUCUCCACGCCAAGAAAAAGAGCAGCAAUGCACUACUAUAGGAGAAGAAGUGACUCCAUCUUUGAUGCUUUCACUCUAAAUCCCCUACCAUAUCCAGUUCUCUUAAUCUUGGCAGUACUAUCAAUAUUUCUUGGCAUGUCUUGGUUCUUUAGCUAUGAAGACAUGGUGGAGACUACUGAGGAACAAAUGGGUUGGAUUCUUUUGGUUGUACCGUUAGUGCUGAUAGUCAUAGUUCGAUGGCUUUCAUCUAUGGAAAAUCCUGACAUGAUCUUUGUUAUGUCACCAUGGGACAAGCGCCGGAGGACACACCACCGGCCAUCAGAAGGGAGCUCUCCUUGGGGUGUGGCUGCUUUCAUUGUGUUGCUUCUUGUUUUGGUGAAGUUUCAAUCUACCUUUCUUGAUAGCUGGCUUGUUUGAUGCUACGCCUAUACUAAUUGAUAUGGAUUGAAGAUCAAGUAGUUUUGUUCUGUGGCUUUAGUUUAUGUUUGAACAUACAGAAAUAUGAAAUUAUUGUAUAUGUAUGUUGUAGAGAAUGAUGCAUUAAGAUAUGUGUUCGGGGCUUGAGUGUUCAUGUUUGUUAAAUAAUGCUUUGGUGGAUAAGAUCUUAAUGAAGUAUUUUUCUUCAUCA